UGGUUUUGAUGUGGGUCUAUGACGAAACCGUGAAGUUGCCGAAGCUUCCCCCGAGCUUCGACGGAUCGCCGAGCUUCUUUGACUGAAGACAUUUGUCACUUCGACUUCGCUUCUCUGGAACAUUCGAAUCAACAAAAAGGUACACAACACCACGUCCAGCCUCUCUCUACUCCUGCACAGUUCAAUUGACAUCUCAGAAGCUAACAUACCCAGCGUCAUCAUGUCUUCGACUCUGCUUCGCACCGUUCCUGUCCUGCGUGGAGCUCUCCGGGCUUCCGCAGCUCCCAAGAUGGCCGGCGCCAUGGCCAGCACCAGCUUUGUGCGCGGGAAGGCUACCCUUCCGGAUCUGCCGUACGACUACAGCGCCCUCGAACCGUACAUCUCGGGCAAGAUCAUGGAGCUUCAUCACUCCAAGCAUCACCAAACCUACGUUAACGGCCUCAACAGUGCUCUCGAGGCCAUCGCAGAGGCCGAGAGCAAGGGCGACUUCAGCAAGGCUGCCACGGUCGCACCUCUCCUCAACUUCCACGGCGGUGGCCACCUCAACCACAGCCUUUUCUGGGAGAACCUUGCUCCCGCUAGCCGCGAGGGCGGUGGUGAGCCGGACGGAGCUCUCAAGAAAGCCAUAGAUUCCGACUUUGGUUCCUUUGACAACUUCCGCAAGCAGAUGAACACGGCGCUGGCCGGAAUUCAGGGCAGCGGUUGGGCGUGGCUGGUCAAGGACAAGACGGCGGGCACUCUGGGGAUCGUCACGCGCGCCAACCAGGAUCCCGUCUCGGGGCCGUACGUGCCGCUGCUGGGCAUCGAUGCCUGGGAGCACGCCUACUAUCUGCAGUACGAGAACCGCAAGGCCGAGUACUUUGAAGCCAUCUGGAACGUCCUCAACUGGAAGACUGCUGCGCAACGGUUCGAGAAGACUUGAGCUGCAAGGCUCGUGACUCUGCCGUAGUAGAUAGAGGGAGGAUGGAGGACUGCAAUUUGUAUAUGUCUCGGUGAUGUUAGCGUGAACUCGACGAUAUUUGCUCGAAUGGAAUGAAGGGGCGACAUUUGUCCAGAACCAAAUACUCCGUCCACAAGAUGCAGGUUUCGGACAAAUUAGAACAGCUUUUUCCGACACUUGCUGCCAAACCUUAGCGUGAUCAACCUACGACAAAUCUGGACAAUUUUGUCGAAGCGCUUUUCUAGCAGCGCUUUCCCAUUGUCCGAAAAUAAGAGCAUGUGCACAAUAAAUGAGACAGGUACUCCGCAG